AUGACAGAAGGUAGCACAACUCCAGAAUCUUAUAAGAUUGUCUUGUUAGGAGAUGGGGCUGUUGGCAAGUCCUCGAUACUCCUAAGAUACACCGAGGACAAGUUUAACGACAAUCAUCAAUCUACAAUUCAGGUGAGUUGUUGUAAACUUCCUUUUUCCACGAAGAAUUUGUCUUUUUUGUCAAUUUUUUAUAUUACACUAGACAAAUUUUCAAAAAUUUUAAUUUUUAGGCCGCUUUUGCCACGAAAGUGAUAUGGGUGGACAACAAACAAGUGGAAUUGAAUGUCUGGGACACUGCGGGUCAAGAGAAGUUCCACGCGUUGGGUCCGAUUUACUAUCGGCAUUCACAAGGCGCCCUGCUGGUCUAUGAUAUUUCUGAUGAGAAGUCGUUUCAAAGGGUAAGAUCUUGAAGUUUUUUUGUUUUCUUGGCUUUUAGAUAGACCUGAGUGAAUUUUUACAUUAGAAAAUAAGGAUAAAAUGUAGAACUAGAUGAUCAAUUUUGGAAAAGUAAUCAAAAAAAUCAACUCAAGUAUAAGGUCAAUUUCUCGACCUUUGAUAUAUUUUCUUAGUUAGCCAGACCGCAUAGGUCGGUAGUGUAGCUAUGAAAUUGAUUUUGUUAUUGAUUUCGCCCAAAAAUCGCUGAAAAUAGUUAAAAAUUAUAUUAUCCUUCAGGUCCAAAAAUGGGUCCUAGAAUUAAACCGAAUGCUUGGCCAAAACUGCGUGCUGCGCAUCGUAGGCAACAAACUGGACCUGGAAGCGCAACGACAAGUCCAACAACAGGACGCCAAAGCGUACGCCGACUCUGUCGGAGCUUCAUGGAGCGAAGUUUCAGCCAAAAACAACAUAAAUAUCGAAGAGACCUUCCAUGACCUCACAAAAGAGAUCAUGGCAAGGUCCAUCGAGCUGCAGCUCUCUCGACUGGACCGUCAGCCCAGCCUGCGAAGCAGUCGGAGGACAAUCCGAGUCGAGGACGACGCGAAUUUCCAACCAACCUCCAAAAAGUGUUGUUGA